AUGUGGAAAGCCCCACACUCCACAUGGAAGCAAGGAGUUGUCGCAAAACGCCUUGGGAAGGUCAACUAUGAGGUCCCCGUGGAAGGAAGACUGAUGCGGAAACACGCAAACCAAUUACGACACAGCAACACAAGGACAAGCUGGAAUCGUGUAGACAAAUCGUUGAAAACCCUGCUCGACAUGUUAGAAUUGGAUGACAAUCGGCUAAGAAGCAACGACGAGGUUGCUAGUGACUUGGACGUCAACACCGCUAUACCGUGCUCUCCAGAACCAUCACUGCGACGAUCGACUAGAAUACGAAGACCUGUGAAACGAUAUGGCAUUGAUGUGUAG